CAACCUCGCCCUCGUUUCCUUCCUGCCGCAGGACGAUCUCCUUCAUGCCAAGCUGGUCAAAUAUCGCUUUUUGUGUGUCCGCCGCGUUGAUGACCAGAAUAUUUGCGUGUUCGCACCUUCCGAGCGAUCAUCGUCGUCAUCGUCACCUCAAAUGAAGGUGCCUUUCACUUGGGAGCUCCUGCGGCUGAUGAUAAGGAAGGAACUUGGGGCAUUGAAUUCUCGCGCCAUUGUUUUCUCAGGAGCAGGAUCAGAGUGCAAGGAAGACGAUCAAAUCUUCCAUGGUGCUGGUCGUUACAUCGGUUCCCGAAACGCCCAUCGGGCCUAAGAAGCCAGAGGUUUUCUUGGUGCCAGAAUGAGCUUUGGGUGUGUAGGUGACUUUCCAUCGAGGAUCAAAUAUUGCGUUUCUAUACAUUUUAAGGUUCAUACUUGUAAUAAGUUGGCUAGCAGACACAUAAGGGUACAGAUUGCAGAACCAAGCGCUGUUGGUCAAUGUGACAUAUGUGAGAAAUCACCAGCUUUCUUUUUCUGUGUAAUAGAUGGAUCUUCACUUUGCAUGGAAUGUGAUGUAAUUGUGCAUGUGGGAGGCAAAAGAUCCAAUGAGCGAUAUCUCUUGUUAAGGCAGAAAAUUGAGUUUUUGGAAGAUGAACCUGGUCACUUCGAAGAUCUCAUGCUGCAGCAUCAUGACAACACCGAAGAUAGGUUGGAGAAUAAUAUGGUACUUCAUAAAAAACAAUUUCUUGAAAACAUUAGAGAGAAGAUGGACCGCUGCAGGAUGCCUCCCGUUUCCAUCUCCAAGCUAGACAUAAAUCGUAACAGGCUUGGUCCUACAUUGUUUGACCUUAAUGCAAGGCCACAUAGAGUACAAGAUCACAUCACUGAUUCCAGCCAGACAUCUCCAUCCCAGUUCCAUCAGAACUUGGCCCAUUCUCUCGUCUGGGAACUGUGCAAUUUAUCGGAACAGAGAGACCUUGGUUAAGUUUUUGCACGGAUGAGCCCGUACGCGAUGGGGAGGGCUGCAUGUGUAUGUCGCAAAUGGCGAUAUACUAUUUGCAAUCCUAAUUUGUGGCGCGAUGCAUGCCUUAGAAUUUGGCAGGUACAUAAAAUCUUCAGAAACAAUUCAUGGUCAUUUUUGCUCAUCACUGUAAUGACUAAUGCUUACAAGUCCCCCCUGCUUAUGAAGAGUUCUGGAGCGGAGGCAAAUUACAGAAUUGUCCAGUCCUUGUAUGAUGGUUCUUGGAGGAAAAUGUGGAUUCAGAGACCAAGAAUUCGAAACGAUGGUACUUAUUGGUCAUUCAUGGAUUUGUUGUGCUGCAUAAGUAGGAGAGCUUUCCACCUUUUUAUAUCACUUUAUUAAAGCCAAACACUAAUUUAUAUCUGGACUACUUUCCUUCUUUUUCAUGUUUUUAUGGUGUCAAGCUGGCCCACUUAAUA